GGUAGCGUUAGCUACGGUGUACAAUUCUAAUAUUCUAGUUGUUCACAUCCAGAGCAGAGUUAGACGCAUCAAAGCAGCGCGAGGCUCUUUGGAGACACGAGGCUAAUUUCCUGUGUGGUCUGCUAGCUAACAGUUGCUGCUUUAAAUCCGCGCGUUUACGAAUGGGGCGCGAGGCUAAAAAUCGAGUGGGAUAUUUAAGCAGCGUAUUAGCCAAAACGGGGCAUUGCCUUUGCUCGGGAGAAAACGCUGGCGCGCGUUUGGUAGUUCGUUUUGUGAAAGUCUGGUUCCAGUGACGCGGAAGAAGAGCCGCGGUCAGCUUUAGUGUGUGUCUUGGAGGCGCACCACGUGUAGCGUCUGCCGGUCAACAGAUGGGCAGUGUCGCCGCUUCUUCACCGCGGAGGCUCGCCAGUUUCGUGGUCGAGAUGGACUUUGACCAACGUGUAGAGUAUUCCGCUGCGGUGUAGAGUGUGUGGAGCGCGGCGCUUCAUAUACCUUAGCUUUUCGUUGUGCUGCACGCGGCUUUUCUGUCCCCAUCUGUUACACAGUUGAAAAUGCGUUUCGUCAUGGUGAACAGUUCCUAUCUGAUUAGCCUAAAUCAGUGUCUCUACAGGCUUAAGCACGCGAAGAAAGCUGCAUGUAGGAACUAAAACGUGUCAACUUGAAACUACGUUUAUAUGCGUAAUCUGGUUGGGUUACGAACUCUUAAAGCUUUUUACAUUUGUUGAAAGUUUGACCUGGAUUUAAAGUGAGGCAUUGAGAAGUUUGCUCACUUCUGAUUCAGUGUUUCUCUCCCUGUUCAAACCCAGCCCACGGUGCAUCAGCAUACCCUCCCAUGAAGGGGACCAGAAGUGUGGGGGCAAUGCGAGUCCACGUGCACACCAAGUUCUGUUUCCUAUGUGUGCUCACCUUCCUUUUCCACCACUGCAACCGUUGCCAUGGAGAAGGGGGCAGCCAUCAUCACGGUGAAGACCACCACAGUGCCGACAGGGAUCUACAGAUUUCUGAGGCUCCUUAUGUGGAAGCUACCACAUUGUCUUCAGUAUCGAAGCCUUCUGAGGAGGAUUCGCUAGUGGAAGAGCAGCGCUUCUACAUUCAGCAGCUUUUUCGGCGUUAUGGUCAGAAGGAUCGCUUAGAUUUCCAGGGAUUUCAGAGUCUUCUGUUUAGCCUGGGUUUAGGGGAGGUCAAGGUUGUAAGUGUGGAUCACGGGGAUCUUGGUCAUGAUCAUGUAGCUCACCUUGACUUGCUGGACUUGCAGAAAGGGCUGCAUUCACAUUCAGCCUCCAACGAAGGUCCUGCUCAUGGGCACAAGCCUAAUCACGACCAUCCACACAAGCCACAUUCCCAGCAGCCACAUGUCGAUCAUAAUCCCACACCCUGCAGCAAGACUACAGCUGCCAGUUCGGCUGCCGACACAAAACAUUACCAUGACCACGGUCAUAAUCACGGACAUAACCAUGAGCACGCUAAAGAAAGGCAUAGCAACCAUGAACAUCCUGAGGAACACGUGCUGGAUCAAGACGAUCAUGACCACAACCACGAUCACACACAUGACUCAGAGCAGGAACAGACAUCGGUCGACCACAAAGACCUGCCUCCUCCUCAUCCUCACAGUAAUCAUAGUGAUGAUCAUCAUCACGUUCACUCUGUACAGACAAAUCUGACUCUAAAAACCCUCGAGCAGCCGCACCCUAUCCCCCCGGGCCCAUCCCCAGAUGCAGAGCCCUCUCCUGCACCCAAACGGACCAGUAGGCAAGACAGGGCCAGAGGACAAAGAAGGAAAAACAAAAACUCUUCUCCAACAUCUCCAUCUCAUCAUCAUAUCCAUGAUCAUGAUGAGGAACGUGACCACAGUGGUUCUCAUAAAGACAAGAGAGAAGCUCCAGGAGGCCUCGCCACUCCCAAUAUGCAAAUGCUCAGUGGACAUCCUGGUGGACCGUUGCAUCAGCACGAGGAGUGUUUAAACCUCACUCAACUCCUCUCCUACUACGGCUUGAAUCCCCACUCGCUCAUCUCCCCGAGCCAGUUCACCUACCUGUGCCCGGCCUUGCUUUACCAGAUCGACAGCCGUGUCUGCAUCCAACACUACCAUCAGAUGGAGGUGGAACAGAAGCCUGUGAACUCAGUGUGGGUGUGGGUCUGUGGCUUCGUCUCCAUCACCGUCAUCAGCCUGCUGUCUCUGCUCGGGGUGGUGCUGGUCCCCAUCCUGAACCAAUCCUGUUUCAAGUUCCUGCUCACCUUCCUGGUGGCUCUGGCAGUGGGCACGCUCAGCGGCGACGCUCUCCUGCAUCUGCUGCCUCACUCUCAAGGCCAGCACGACCACAGUCAGCACGGAGCCAAGGAAGCCACCGACCUCGUUACAGACUUUGACGGCGUGUGGAAAGGCCUCACAGCACUGGCCGGCAUCUACCUCCUCUUCAUCAUCGAGCACUGCAUUGCCAUGUUCAAGCACCACAAAGACCAGAAGAGUUUGGGGAAGACGAGUGAAGAGGGCCACAUUGGCAGGAAGCUGUCGGACCACAAGCUAAACCGGCGCUCAGAUGCAGAGUGGGUGCACCUGAAGCCCCUCACUGAAGACCCCGACGGGACCGCCGUCUCCUGUGACAACGGCCACAACGACACGCAGCUCUCUGAGCUCCGCACGCCCGACUCCCCCACCCACAAAACGCCACUGGCAUCCCCCAACCCCCCACAGGAUCCGCAGUCGCCCAGCAAGAAGGAAGUCCGGAAGUCCAAGCAGCACAGACACGGCCACGGCCACUCCCACGGGGGGAACUGCCACUCAGACCAGGAGAUGAAGGACGCGGGGAUCGCCAGCAUUGCCUGGAUGGUCAUCAUGGGAGACGGCAUGCACAACUUCAGCGACGGCCUCGCCAUAGGUGCUGCAUUCAGUGCCAACAUCACGGGCGGCAUCAGCACAUCUGUGGCUGUCUUCUGCCACGAGUUGCCUCACGAGCUCGGUGAUUUUGCCGUGCUGCUGAAAGCUGGGAUGUCGGUGAAGCAGGCCAUCGUCUAUAAUCUGCUGUCGGCCCUCAUGGCCUACGUGGGGAUGAUCAUCGGCGCCGCCGUGGGCCAGUACACGCACAACGUCACCAACUGGAUCUUCGCCGUCACGGCAGGCAUGUUCCUGUACGUGGCGCUGGUGGAUAUGCUGCCGGAAAUGCUCCACGGGGACAGCGAGGAGCACAAGCGCUCCCACCUGGGACACUUCCUGCUGCAGAACCUGGGCUUGCUGACGGGGUUCAGCCUCAUGCUGCUGAUCGCCAUUUUCGAGGACCGCAUCGUUUUUGACUUUGGCUUUUGAAGCGGCAGAGCGGUCUGGACAUCCUUAACGUGCUUUAGUUCCUCCGACGGCUCUGUCCUGCAUGCGGCGUGCCUCUCGUCUGUGUUUCAAACAUGCUGCUGUGGGUUUUUUUUACAUCCCAUGACUGAUCGUGUUACCCCCACCCUCUACACCCGUCUGCUGUCACUUCCUGUGUGUCCGGCGUAGAACAGGAUGGAGGCCAACAGAUCGCUCUCAGAAAAAAUGAGCUGUUGGGCGUCCUGCAGGCGGAAGAGGGACUCCCUUCGCCUGUCCCAUCAUCCAUGUGUUCAUCGCAUGUUCUUCAGCCGUCAUCCAUCACACGCCGCCGCGCGGGUUUCAGAACGCUCCCGCCCUCCGUUUCGCAGUCCGUCGGUCUUGUACCUGCACAGCUGCCAAAGCCUUUAGAAACUGGCAUUUACAGCCAUCAGUAUUGUUUGUUUUUUUGCCUACGAAGUACAAACGUUUGUAGCCACAAAAUAAAAAACCUCCUAGUUAAUAUGAUAAUAAUUUUAUUUAGUAGGAACCAAAAGUGUGAAACUGUGAAUCCACAAACUAGAGCUUCGUCUCCAAAGUGUUCAAACUUUCCGUUGAUUCGUCGUUGGGAGGUUCAGUUUUCACGUCUGCUGUAAUAAGUGACGAAAAGGUACCGCAGUCCCUUCCUGACAAUCAUUUUUUGUGAUCAGCAGCUGAAUCCGCUCGACCGUUUCCCAGCAUUCCUCUGCUGCGAGGCUUUACCCCCCCCCCACUCCCUCCCCCCACACACACAUGCAUUCCAUUGGCUGCUCGGCAGCACACGCGUCCAGCUGGAGCACACGUAUGUGUGCGUGCCACUUCAUUAACCUGUCACUAUGUGACGUCCGUGUCCUCGCUCGCUCGCUCGAGUGAAACGGCGCGGCCUUUGUGUUGUUUUGCUCUUCAGAGUCGUGACGUGGAAAGCGUUUCUUUUAAGCCGUAUUGUGAUGAUGAAGGGAAAUGACCUGGGGUAUAGUGUGUUUGGUAUUUUUGUCAUCAUUAUGUCAUCUGUUGGCGCCAAAAGAAGCCUCGGUGGCGUCUUCUCCGCCCCCAUUUGAACAACGCUAAACGUUAGCCGUUCUCUUUAUCAAAAAUGGUUUUUGUCUGAAGGAUUGGACACUAUACCCCAAAGACAAAGCUUCCUGCUGCUUAUUUAUCACAGAAAAGCCAACAAUCUGUUUUUUUUGUUUUGUUUUUUGUCGUUUGUUAAAUGUAAAGUGUGACAUUCUGGCUGUUUUGCUUGUCUGUGCAUUCUUUUCAUCGCAGAAGGAAAAUAAACAGAAAAGAUUGAGCGAUC